AUGUCUUUGGAAACGAUUUAUGGACGAGGUAGGACUCGAACUCGCCAAGAAAACAUAACAGAUGAUGGAAAAUGGUCAGGACGGCCAAAACUACAAGCAACAUUUGAACCUGGCAUUACUGUGCAAACAGUAAUCACAAAAUCUCUUACAGAUGAGCAGAUCAAGGAAAUUACAACCUUAGGACGGUUAUCCGAGAUUGAACACAUGCUCAAAACCAACAGCUAUGUGCCGGAUGAAAGGAACAGAUCGCCGUCUCCAGCUCCCACAUAUAAUAGCAAAGGUCAGAGAACAAACACUCGAGAAUUGCGGUAUAAGAAUAAGUUCAUGAAUGAAAGAGACGAGCUGAUCCUCGAUCUAUUGCAGAAUGUUCCAGAAUACGAGGCUCCAUUUUGGUACCGGCGCAUGAAGCAUAUUACAGGCAAAUUGUUUGUUCCGACCGAGGAGCAUCCCGAAAUCAACUUUAUGGGACUUCUGAUUGGCCCAAGAGGAAACACACUUCGGCGUAUUGAGCGUGAAAGUGGUGCAAAAAUUGGCCUUAGGGGCAAGGGAUCUGUUAAAGGAGGAAAUGCCAACUCGGCAUCGAGUGAAAAAAUGCUCUUGGAGGAGCCUCUUCAUUGCCAAAUAGUCGCAGAUACCAGGGAACAGGUAGCUAAGGCAAAAAAGCUCUGCCAAGAGGUUAUAGAUAAGGCCAUAUACUCGGGACCUGGCGAAAAUGACUUUAAACGUAACCAGUUGAAAGAGCUUGCCAUAUUAAAUGGUACAUUGCGAGAGGAAUCGGAGCACAUUUGCAGUCUUUGUGGUGAAAAGGGCCAUACCAGACAUGAUUGCCCAAACAAAAGAAAGAUAGAUUAUGUUAGCACACUUGUUUGCUCCAAGUGUGGAAAUGUCGGUCAUCUUGCCAAAGACUGCCGACUUAGUGUCGGUCAGUAUGCCACUGAUGCAAAUACAGGUGCAGCAAGAACAAUUAUGGAUGCUGGCCAGGAUAAAAACAAGGCCAUGGACGAUGAGUUUGCAUCCAUGAUGCGUGAUUUGAACGGCGAGGAUCAGCCUGAAGAUCAGAAUGAUGAAGGUGCUCUCCAGAUUUCAGAAAAUACUGAAAAUCAAGUGACCCGUUCCGAAAGUCAAUAUUCAAAUAGUCCAAGGGAAUAUUCAAACAAUCCAGGCCAGUAUUCAAAUAGUUCAAGACAUUUCUCAAAUCACUCUGACAUGAACAUGAAUCGCGGUCAAUCGCAAAAUUUGUAUCAAUCGGGCCAUAGACCCGAUUACUACCCAGGUUCAAGUGAAGGCUACUCCAGAGAAUAUGGUGGAAGCAACAAUGGUUAUAAUGCUGAUUACCGUUCUCAUUCUUACAAUGAUAAUCGUAAUAAGGCUCGUGGACGAAGCGAAUACCACAAUCCAGCAAGAUUUUCGGAUCACCGGCACGACCAACCACCUUCAUAUUCGCAAGAAAUGCGCAAUUCUUCUCGCUUCAAUAUUGGGCCGAGCGAUUAUCAUCAUUCUUCAUCAUUCAGGGGUUCUGACAGAUCCAGAUAUGGGGAUAAUGAAUCAAGAUGGCAUGAUGACAGACCUCAUGGAUACAACAAUGGAUAUAAUGGAAGGGAUAAUGCCGAUAGAAACGUCCAAAGACCAUAUAAUGGAGGAAACAGACAAUAUUCCGGAGGAGAAAGUCACUAUGAGACUUCGUCUCAAAACUGGAAUCACCGGGAUACUCAGUAUAGUAGUGGAAACUAUAGAGAAGAAAUGUCAUCUUAUGGACAGGGUCAACAUCAUGGAUAUGCGGAAAAACGCCACUAUACUGAAGAUAGGAACAGCAAUUAUAACGGAAAGAGGCCGAGAUUUGAAUCUGCCGCGCCACAGCCGAAACUUCAGGCACCUCCUGGAUUCUACUCUGAUAAUUCUGUAUCAAGGCAAAGAGCUCCUCCACCUCCACCUUCAAAUAGGCCAAGAAGGCCACCUCCACCUCCUGGAGGAUCAAGAUGA